AUUUGAAGAAGAAGAAGAUUUUGAAUUCAAAAUGUCAUCUUUGACAUUUCAUCUUUCUAGGUUAUUAAUUUGAAAAAUGUUAUCGUUCUCAGGUUUCAUUUUAUGUGUUAUUACUUUCACACAAAUUCAAUGAAUAGCAAGUGCCCUGAAUACUGUGUACUGGAACUUUGAAAAUUAAAUUGAGUAAUUAUGGAGCAAUCACCCCCGAUUAAACCACCCAGAGGGAUGAAACCCAUGAAACCAGUUAGAGAAACGAGUGGUAUACUGAUGUCAGUAAUUAGAACACUUUCUGAAAGUGAAACUAAUGAACAGAGGGAUAAAGAAAGAGCAAAAUUGGAAAAUGAUUAUAAAAUCUGUGAUCAAAGGCUGGAUGAACUGAUUUCAAGUCAUGAAGAAGAUCUGUCUAAGGUAAUGCAACUAUUUGGAGUAGUUUCUCAAAUCGUUGUAACAAACAGAGAAAAAAUUUCGGAGGUGAAAAAGCAACUUCAAGACUGUAAGAAGAAACUUAGUUGUCGCAGGGAAGAAUUGAAGAAACUAUGGGUAGAAGGUUUGGAAUACAAAUAUAUGCUGGAAAUAAUAGAGGAUCGAAUGAAUGAAAUGGAUGAGAUGGGAUGUCAUUCUUCAUCUUGAAUUUAGUUAAAAUGAUAUAUCUUAAGCUUCAAAUUAUCAUGCAAUAAUUGUUUAUUAAUAUUUAACAUAUCAUAUGCACUUAUGACAUUCCAUCCAAAUUUCACUUAAUGUACUGUACUGGGUGAUACGUUAUAAAGUACAACCCUCUGUAACUCAUUUAUUUUUGAAAGUAGAAGAAGAAUAAAAAAACAGACUAGCAGAGAGGUUUUUUCCUUCUCGAAACAAUAUAUGUUUUAACUAUCUGCGAAUAUAUACAGGGUGCAGUAAAAAUAAGUG